AUGGCCAAUUCCGUUGAAGAAGAAUGCUGCACCGGCCUUUCAAACGGCCUACGCAGACAGGCCCGCUCCUUCUGGGAGGCGGCCUUCGAAUUUCGCAACCACAAAGAAAUCGACUUCGCCUAUUCUAAGUGCGAUCCACACCCAUUCCCUCAUCCAGAGAGUGACCGUCUUGAACAUUGUUACAAGUAUGGAAAGGGUUCAGGGAAGUUUUACCCAGUUCUUCUUGAGCAAAAGCUCGGAGACUUCGUUGUCAAAGCCAAACUUGGCCACGGAAACUUCGCUUCCGUCUGGCAAUGUGUUCUCGAUGAAGGGAAAGAAAGAGAUCUCCCUUACGAGUCAGUUGCUGUUAAGGUCUGCACCAACAGCAAAAAGGACAGCAAAGACGAUGUCACCGAAGCCAAAGUCCUCAUGAAGCUUGGAAAGCGAUCUGAUGGAAAAGGUGACUUCGGAAAGAAGCACCUCCAGAAAGUUGACGAGUGCUUCCGCGUCCCUGGCUACUUUGGGGACCAUUUCUGCAUCGUCGGAGAAGCCAUUGGACCAUCCCUUGACUACUACCUCAACUUGGUCCAGAAACAAGGCCUUGGCCACUUCGAUACUGAAGUUUCCAAGAAGGUCACCUUCCAGCUUCUCUCAUCAGUCACCUGGCUUCACAAGGCAGGAUAUGGACAUGGAGAUAUCCACCCACACAACAUCCUCAUGAAAGAGAUGGGUUUCAAGGCUGGAACCAAUGCCAAAAGACCAAUCUGCAUUCAAAACACCAAGCCCGAGGAUGUUCCAUAUAUGCCUCCCUAUCUCGUCUCCUGUAUUGACGACGAUCUCACUGUCCGAACGCCAUUAACAGUUGAGAACUGCGAUGCCAGAUUGGCAGACUUCGGUCAAACCUUCAAGAAGAACCACCCACGUCGACUCUACAAGAUGACUACCCCCAAGGGUAAUAGAUCUCCUGAGUGGGUUCUCAAGCACACUCCAAUCACCAUUGGCAUCGACAUCUGGUCGAUUGCCUGCAUUGCCUAUCGAAUGACCACUGGUAAACACCUCAUGUUUGUUGAGGAGCGUUACAAGGAUGAUGAAGGAAAAUACACUCAAAAGAGAACCAGAGCUGACAUCAACAACGACCAUAUGCCAAUGAUGGCUGAGCUCCUUGGAACGCCUCCUGCUUGGAUGAUCAGAAAGUGGAAUAUCUCUGGUCUCCCGAAUAUGGAUUGGAAGUCCAUUACUCCAGAAGGCACUCUCCAUGAGCGCAUCAUGCAAGAUCGGCCAGCCAACAUGUCCAACGCUCAAGCUGCUCUCUUUGAGGACUUCAUGAGACAGGCCUUGACUUGGGAUUAUCGAUAUCGAGCCACUGCUGCCGAACUCAUUCAGCAUGAAUGGUUCGAAUCAAUUCUUUCGGAGAAAGAUAGACUUCAUCUUUCAAAGUUGGCUCAGUCGACCUCCCGCUGCUCCAAGACAUUCACUAAAGUUAUCAACGAAGUCAAGUCUUGGCCAGGAAGAAUCAUGAGUCUCUGUAUCAAAAAGAAGGAUUACGAAUCACAGUCUGAUACUGAAGUCAAGGCUCUUGGUCCAAUCCUUGGUGCUCGAACUUGGGAAGAGAUCUAA